AUGAUCACCGAUGAUCACAAGAAUCAGAGCAGUACAAUGUUACAAACAUUUUGUCUCACAGGUCGUUUCGGUAAUGGUAGCACAUUGGUGGGGAUAGGUUUAAGCAGGAGAGGGAAUGAAGUUAGCCCGAUCAGAGGAGCGUUCACAAAGUCCUGGAUUGGCACCCGAGCUCCCUCUUGUCUGAGUCCGACCGAUGCCGUCGUUGAGAACAGACAACAUUCUUUGGCGAUCACAAAAUGCAUAAGAACACUUGCAUUCUUCCAAGUGGAUACCGCUGAAGAUAAACAUGCUCCUAGAACCAUGGAAGACGUUCAGAUGAUUGACGUUUCUGAUUCACCUACACGUAUGACAACAAGAGGUCAGCGGAUCAAUUAUGCGGAAUUGAACAGUUCCAGUAGUAUAGGAUUUGGUUCGACAAAUCAGUACAACGACACAGUGGAAACCAAUACAAGCGACAGCGUUUUCCGUUCUCCCACUGCGAGUACUCGCGGGAGAAAAAGAAGAACAACUCAUGAGGAUGCAACAUCCAUGUCUUCUUGGAGUGUGCCCAAACGUGGCCGACCGCGAGGUGCUGGUGUAACCCGUGGUGCUCGCGGCGGAGGAGUUAGAAGAGCUAUCUUGGGUGAUCAGGUGGGAAGUGCGGCUGCAGAGAUUGAGGAGACAGGACUAUUUGGUGCCGUUAAAACUGGGCGGAAUCUUGAGCAAACUAUUGAUGAAUGGAUUGAGGAGUAUGAAAGAAAUCCUGAUGCAGCUCUCGUGAAACUUCAGCAAUUUUUCAUAUCAUGCUGUGGUUGUAAAGGGGUGAUCAAUGCCCACAUGUUAAGCACAAUGGAGUACAGUGAUAUAAUCCGGCGAAUGACUGAGGAUUUCGAUGAGGAUUCGGGAGACUAUCCUCUCAUUCUAACUGGUACACAGUGGAAGAAGUUCCGUAAUAAUUUACAUUCAAUGCUAUAUGUAUGGAUUGACAAAUGCAAAUCUUCACUUAUUUUCGAUCAGCGUAUGAUGGACAGCGUUAUUCAGCUACUUACUGGACUUGCAGAUAGUCAAGUUCGUGCGUUCAGGCAUACUGCAACGUUCGCAGCCAUGAAAAUUUCUUCGGCAUUAGUGGAUGUUACAUUGGAAUUGGUAUCAGUAAAAGAUCGUAAUGCGAAACAAUUGGAGGCAGAGAAGGCCCGCCUGAAGCAGAGUUCUGGAACAAAUGAAAAGCUUGAUGUACUAAUUCAAAAGAAAAACGAGAUUGAGGAGCGCACCGAUGAUGUUCGCCAGAUGUUGCAGUUCAUUUUUAAAAGUGUAUUCGUGCACCGUUAUAGAGACGUGCUUCCCGACACACGCUCGAUAUGCAUUACUGAACUUGGAAAUUGGAUGUUAGUCUACCCGGACCACUUUUUAGAAGAUUCUUACCUGAAAUAUAUCGGUUGGAGUUUAUUUGACAAAGUUCCUGAUGUGCGACUCAAAUGCAUUUCUGCUUUGCUUCCUCUUUAUGACAAGCCAGAUGUCCUCGUAAAACUUGAACUGUUCACUAACAAGUUUAAAGACAGACUAGUGUCAAUGGUGCUCGACAAGGACAACGAAGUAGGGAUGAAAACAUGCCAAUUGAUGACCAGCAUUUAUCGUGUUUUCCCAACACUACUACAAUUGAAAGAUUGUGUUCCUAUAUACGAACUCGUGUAUUCAAAUCAUCGCGGACUAGCGGUAGCUGCAGGCGAAUUCCUCAACACAAAGGUUUUUCAACAUUCCCAUCGCGGGCGCGCAUCUAGUGUUGCGAGUUCAGGAGGACGAAGUGGAAUGGGUGAUAACGCAAAGCUUAUUCAAGAUUUAAUCCAAUUUUACAUUGAAGGAGAGUGUCACGAUCACGCCACUUAUCUGGUUGACGCUUUAAUCGACACAAAUCCAAUGAUUAAGGACUGGCAAACGAUGGUAGAUCUAUUGCUGAGUGAUGAAGUUGAGUCGAGUGAAUCACAACUGAUAGAAGUUCUGGUAUGUUCUGUUCGUCAAGCUGCUACCGGGGAACCACCAGUUGGCAGAUCUGUGGUGAAACGAGGAGCUCCAUCCACUAAAGAAAGUAGGACUUUACUGGAGGAUCGAACAAGACUUUCGGAAGUUCUUAUUCCAGCACUUCCAAAAUUGUUACAGAAGUUUAUAGCUGACCGAGACAAAGUCGCUAAUUUAAUCACUCUUCCUCUUAACUUUCAACUAGACAUGUACAUGGCAGGUAGACUGGAAAACCAUCUUACGGAAUUGAUGAGAGUGAUUGAUAUGAUCGUGGAAAAACAUGCCGAUGAAGAAAUGAUGAACACUGUAGCAGAGAUGAUCACAUAUUUCUCAACAAAUACCGCGGUUGCUCAGCAUACUGAAACCUAUAGGUUGAAGCUCAUCGAUGGAUUGGCGCUACAGUUACGACAUACCGUGCAAAGGUGCAUGAAUGAGGAGCAAUGGGAUGAAGAGGAUGAAGCCGCGAUGCUGGCUGCGUUCCGAAAAGUUACAGCUUUUGCCAGCCAUAUUGAUCUGAAGAAAUGGGAUCUUUGGGAUGUUGUUCUACACGUGCUCAACAAUCACGAUGACAAGGCACCACGUGACGUCAUCGAUAAGUCUAUUUGGUUCCUGUUCAUUCAGCUAAACUGGGACUUGAUCCGCCUUGUUAGGGACCAAGAACCAAACAAAACGGAAGCUGUGAAAAAGCUUAAAAAGCGUCGUGAUCAGUUUCUUCACGACGUGAAUAUCAUUCUCAGCGAAGGUGCAUCAGGAGUGGAGCUGGCAUUCCAAUGUCUUAAUGACUCUCUUAUUCUCUUCAACGAAGAACUAAAAUCGCAUGGUGCACAUCUUGAGCCUCUUAUUGUUCGCUUGGACAAUGAUUUCAUUCUGAAAAUGCAGUCUUUCGUUAAUGACAACGUGUUCAUCCCCCCUUCGGAGGACACACAGCUCGAUCAACAGCAGCAAGUCGAACUGAUGCAUAUGAAGCGAAGUCUACUCGCCCAAUACUGUAAAAUGGUGCUUCAUGGUGUUUUCCCUAUAAAAGACGCAGCGUUCGUUUUGCGUUACUAUUGCGAGUUUUACUCCGAUUUUGGUGAUAUUCUGAAACAGUUGCUAUACAAAUGUCGUGACCUCAAUUUUGUUGCGUGCGCCAAAGCUGUUACGAGAGCUCUUACAGAUGUCUACGAAAGCAUCAGAAUGAAUACUGGCCUCGAAUUUGUUGACCCGCUCUCGGACGCUUUUCAUCAACUACGAGAUCUAGCGAAAAGAUUUGCUGUGGCUUUUGGCAACGAUCACCUGAAAAAUCGUGAAGCUGUAGCUGUGGUGCACAGGGACGGCAUUCAGUUUGCUCUCACAGGUUACGACCCGAAUCGUAAAGGAGGUACAAAUAAGCCAAUCAAUAUCACCUUCUUAGAGGUGAUAAUCGAAUUUAGCGCGAAGCUUAUCCGACAGGACAAAUCUGCCGUCAUGCGUUAUCUGGAGCGACAUGGCCCUCCGUCGUUACCAUCUUCGAAAGACUCAACAUGGGAGCCUUAUCUGCUCUAUAGAAAUUCACUAGCCGAGAAGCACCCUGAUGACGUGUCUUCUGUUCGCAGUUUCUCGACUGCCUACACACUGAGGGGUAGAGGACGUGGUCGUGGAAGAGGAAGACUCACACCCACACCCUCAGAGGCGUAA